AAAUGUUAGACGAGGAGUUUAUUUCUAGUUACAGCAACAGCUGUGGUUCUGUGAGUCUAGAUUUGAGUCAGCUCGAUAAAGAUCUGUGCAUGUUCUGGCUUGAGGGGGUACUUAUGAUCAUAGUUGGAUGUAUGGGCCUGGUUGGAAAUACUCUGUCUAUCCUCACUCUAGUCUUUACACGGGACAAACUGAACAAUGUUUUCCACAGACUUCUGCUGGUUCUAUCGGGAGUAGAUCUGUUCCUAGUUCUUCUUAUUGUACUCGACUACGGGCUCAUCCAAAGACACAGCUGGCCAGUAUCUGAACACUCGGCUGCAUAUGUUAUACUGUUCCCUAAAGUGUUGUUUCCUCUCUACAAUAUUAUCUCCUCUUUGUCUACAUACAUCACACUCGCUCUAGCAUUUGAAAGGUUUCUAGCAGUCUGCCAACCCUUGUACUACAGACAGGUCUCAGUAGACUACUCACUAGCAGCCAGGACUGGAGUGUAUAUACUCCCUGCUGUACUACUGAGUGUUGCCAUCAAUACACCUCGGUUCCUGGAAUUGGAUAUUAUAGAGGAGGUAAUUAAUCAAUUUGAUAAAUAAAUAU